AUGGCGUCAAACAUAUCAUCUGCUGUCGUUAGCGAACAUCAUGCUGAGGGAUCGGUGUUCGACAAGACAUCUGGCCUGCGCGUCAUCGACCUGAGCAACUUCGAGGAGCGCAAGCAGGAGAUCGCGCAGCAGCUGGUCAGCUCAGCGAAGGAUGUCGGUUUCUUCUUCAUCACAGGUCACGGCAUCUCGCAAUCGGACAUCGACAAGACCUUUGAGUAUUCCAAACUCUUCUUCAAUCUGCCCGUCUCCGUAAAGGAGAAACAUCCCUUCGACCUCGACACCUUCGCUGGCUGGCGCGGCCUUAAGGAGCUGAGCGAAGUCACUGGGACACGCCUGUGGGAGCAGUUCGUUGCCCCAAUAGACAGGCCCGGCAACCCCAUUGCUGGCACCAAGUACCCUGAAGACAACCUCAUUCCUGGCUUCAAAAAGCACGUGGAGGAGUUCCAGCGAAAGUCACAGGCCGUGGCAGGCCUCCUCCUGCGCGGCCUGGCCAUCGGCUUGGGGCAGUCCGAAGACUUCUUCCUGGGGGGACUGGACUUUGAUGCCGAUGACGUGGCAACCCUACUGGGCUUCAACUACUACCCCCCAACAGAGGGCCACUGGAAGGCGGGGGACGCCUUCCGUCUGCACGGCCACGCUGACUACAACCUCAUCACCCUCCUGUACCGCCGCGAAGGCGAGACCGGACUGGAGCUGCUGCCUGGCAAGGAUGCUGUCGCAGACCCGCGUGUCAAGAACCAGGACAUCCGCGGCGCAUGGCGCGGAGUGCCAGACAACACAGCCAGCUGGGUGCCAGCACCGCCUCUCAAGGGUACCAUCACGGUAAACAUUGCGGACAUUCUGACACGCUGGACGGAUGGCGAGCUGCGCAGCACCUACCACCGCGUGCGCAGCCCCGACCAGGCCACCGGCGAGCCUUUGGGUGAGAGGCGUUCCCUGGCACACUUUGUGGCGCCAAACCGUUCUUUUGUGGUGAAGAGCAUCAAGGGCACCUACCCUCCCAUCACAGCGGGGGAGCUCAUUGCCUCUGAAGGCCAUGCGUAUGGCAGCAAGUUCAACGAUCCGGAGUGGCAGCGCAUCGCCUAUUCCACGGAAGGCUUCACGGCGGCUACGGCCACCAGAGGCCCGGCCAGGCACGCCCUCUCACAGAACCCCUCAAAUGUUUUCAGGGUUUUUGUAGGGUCGGAGGAUCUCUUCCCUGAGGAGGCGCCACGCAUUGCUGUGGCCUAGGGGGAUCUGCUCUGCACAGCUGGAAAAAACACUACCUGUUGACACAUAUCUUGUCUUCAACCAAAAUGUUGGCAUUGUCUUCAAGUGCAAGCAAUAGAUGUUUGAGUAUACUAUUGUGGUAUGGCAUGGGCUGACACCCGUGCUCGUAAGUCGGCAGACUUUUUUUUUGCCAACAACACUGGGGUUCCCUUCAGGAGUUUAGCUCAGGCAACUGGGAUAGUAGGGAAGAGUAUUUAGGUGCGUGGGCCCGGGGACACCUUUUUAGAGUUGCGAGGCAGGGAUUACCUGUUUGCUUUUCUGUAGUGCUGUGGUCAAAGUAGUAGAGUCGUUGUUGCUAGAGUUUACAGUCAAGUUGGAUAGUUGAUAGUUGGUUAGAGUCUGUUGAGUAUGCAAUAUGCAAGUUACUAGAAUAUUGUUGUAAGUAAGCUCAUAAC